CUGAAUUCCCAAUUGGUAGUGCUCUGUAUGAAGUCAGCUGAAUCUCGAGCGGCUGAGCCCAGCCUGAUCAGGCUCCCUCAUGUCAGCACAGAACAUGAACAAGCUCCCUCAAUCAACUCAUCAGGCCAAUGCCUAGUAUGCCUCCAGCUACGCCCCGUCGUCCGAAGAGUCGCGAUGAUUUCGAGAUCGCCAUCAUAUGUGCCCUGACGCUUGAGGCCGACGCCGUGAUUGCCUCUUUUGAUCACCACUGGGAUGAAGACAACGGUCCGUCCUUUGGAAAAGCGCGGGGCGACCCAAACUCGUACUCAACGGGCGUCAUCGGAAGUCACAAUGUGGUGUUAGCGCACCUUCCUGGCAUGGGAAAGGUCGCAGCAGGAAACAUCGCCGCCUUCUGUCGCAUGAGUUUCCCCAACAUCAUCCUUGCACUCGUCGUUGGAAUCUGUGGAGGCGCGCCUUCGUAUGAAGACACGCCAAUAUUUCUUGGCGAUGUCAUUAUCAGCACUGGUGUCGUGCAGUAUGAUUUUGGCCGUCGAUUCCCAGACAAGUUUGAGAUGAAGGACACUUUGAGCGAGAGCUUAGGAAGACCUAACUUAGAGAUAAGAAGUCUCCUAGCAAAACUCACCACAGCACGGCAAAGGCAAAAGAUGACGAGGGCUAGUCGUGAUUUCGUCGGUCGCGUACCUGACACAUAUCCUGGACGUUCAAGGGAUAUCCUAUUCCCUGCAGGCUAUCGUCACAAGCACCAAGACUCACGAGAAUGCACUGUCUGUGCCUCUUGCUGCACAGAUGCUGACACCGUCUGUUCAAAGGCACUGAAAGCGAGCUGCGAAGAGCUUGGAUGCGACAUCAAGCAAGCCGUACGUCAGAUCCCAAGUAACAAGGACGAAAGGGAACCAAGUUUGAUGAUACACUUUGGAACAUUCGCCUCUGGAGACACUGUGAUGAAGUCUGGGAAGGACCGGGACCAGCUCAUACGAGAGAAAAAUGUGAUAGGUUUCGAGAUGGAGAGCGUUGGAGUCUGGGAGGUCUUCCCUUGCAUCGUAAUCAAGAGUGUUUGCGAUUACGCCGAUAGCCACAAGAACAAGGACUGGCAAGACUACAGUGCCUUAUGUGCCGCAGCUUGUACCAAAGCAUUUCUUGGAUACUGGAACUCCACAAAGCAAAUUAUUGAUGCCAAAGCUGAGGAAGAGGAACUUCGAGAGCGUAUUCUGAAAAGUCUUCACUUUCCAGAGAUGAAUGAAAGGAGAUCAAUUGUCGCCUCAGAGGCCCCUUCCACACUGGAGUGGAUAUUUGGUGGCUCUCGCCCUCAGACCUUUGACUCCACGUCAUCAGACGAUGGAAGAUCGGACAACGACUCGACAGAAGCAGCGGAUGGGUCGACAGAGCAGGACUCGGAUUCCGAAGAAUACAGCGACGAAGCUGGCGACUCUUACGACUAUUAUGAAAAGCGUCCUCGCGUUCCCAAACAUCUGAACGUAGAAAACCGUUCGCAUGAACAUGAAACUUUAGAGCCGUCUCUCACAGAAAAGCACGGGGGCAACUUCAAGACAUGGCUCACAUCUGACCAGCUGAUUUACUGGAUAAGUGGAAAGCCAGGAUCCGGGAAAAGCACCCUAAUGAAGUUUCUUCUGAGCGACCCCAGAACACUCGCAGCCUUGAAUAAAUGGCAUGAGGACGUGUUCAUUGUGUCUCACUUCUUUUGGAAGCCAGGCAGCUCUAUGCAAAAGUCUUUCAAGGGGCUUAUAUGCUCUAUCGCUUACCAGCUUUUAUCACACGACCCCAGUCUCGUUGGUCUUUUCAACGAGACAAUUGCCACCUUCCGUAAAUCGUCACCGUCAGACUGGGAUCAAGACCAACUUUGCAAAUUACUCUACAGCUACCGAUACCGGGCUUCUCGGGCAAUCUGUAUUUUUGUUGAUGCUUUGGAUGAAGCGUGCCCGGGGCAAGAUACCUUUGACACUCUCCAGUUCAUCAAAAGUAUGGGUACUCCCAAGAUCAAGAUCUGCGUCUCAAGUCGUCCAGAGCCCCUGUUUAAACUUCAGUUUUCAGGAUGCCCAUAUCUCCAAAUGCACGAGUUGACAAGGCUCGAUAUAUUUGAAUACUCCAAAACUACCUUGCGUCAGUCAACAGUUCUAGAGUCUCAGAGACUAGAUUUGUCCGAGUUAGCUUGGCAGGUUGCGGAGCUGGCUGAAGGAAUCUUCCUAUGGGCUGUACUCGUCACCCAAUCGUUAGUUCGGGGACUAAACAAUGGAGAUUCUGAGAAGGAGAUCGAACAACGCCUGAGUGACAUGCCAAAAGACCUUGUGGGCUUGUAUGGGGACAUUCUGAGACGUUCGGCUGAAGAUCUCCUUAUCUACCGAAAAUAUGUAUCUUUGGCUAUCAAUCUGAUGCGUAUCGCGUCUACCAGGAAAUCUCCAUUCUCGAAAGUGACAGCUUUCGAGUGUAUGAUAGUCAUGGAGCCGGAAUUGCUAGAAAGCUAUGCUGUCCUGGGCAACCGAGUUUCAAAGGCCGAGCUGGACGCAAAGACGGAAGUAAUGAGGAAGCGUCUGAACUCUGGCUGUCCUGGGCUUCUGGAGGUUACAUCCUUGAGCGGUUCAGUUGAAUUUACUCAUAGAUCCGCCGAAGAAUUCGUCUUUGAGACUGAAGAAGGCAAGCACCUCUGGUUACCUUGUGACGUUCCUCAAGAAAAGCUUUUGUGCCGGAGUUUCAAAGCCAUACUGGCUACAAACCGAUAUAUACCGAGCUGGAACUCUGAGGACUUUCUAAAUAUGCUAUGGCAAUGGGACCAAUCGCAAGCGUUCACUGUUGUAAUUUACGACUACUUCCUCGAGCUUACGCUCGAAAGCUACAAGAAGGGAUUUAUAUCUUCCCCACCAGCGAACGAAUGUAGUGUACUUUACCCAAAAGACUUUGGGGGACGUUUCAUGUCAAGUGCAUUCCGCUGUGGCCAUGGUUCAUUUGCGUUGAGGAGUACAAAGACUCUUGAGCCUUGUGCCUCACACGACACGAUUCGUUGUAUCCUCGACCAGCUAUGCCAUGAGCAUUUAUUUAAAAAGCGAAACCUGGGGACCCUGAGAGCUAUGGAAUACAUAUUAUACAUCUUUGAGCAGGGGUACAGCCCAAACUGGACCAUGCCCAGGUCGAAUAUGAAUCAUGCCAUUGGUAGCCUCUGGCUCAAAUCUCUGAUAUCGACUCUCAAAUGGAUAAUGAGAUGGUGGGACCACGUCUGGGAUAAAUCCAGAUUGAUUCCUGCUGUCAUGGAAAUUUUUCAAACCUUCCGUCGAGCGGGCGCUCAUAUGGCAGUAAACUUCCCUAUGUAUUUAGAAACGGACACACCACGGGAUCGUAUCAACACAUUCUUCCGUCCAGCAGAUGCCAUCGCUCCAGGAUCUGGUCAUAGUCUCCUUGGGCGAGCUAGGUUCAUGAUAAUUGAGAUAGACACGACAACACUGAUGGAUUAUAUCAUGAGCUGGGUACACCAAGACACCAUGAUUGUGGGAACACCUGGGGAUCCUGGCCCAGCGGCCUAUCUGAAAGUGCUUGCAUUCAGCAGUCCGACGAGCAGACGUCUUUACCUGGUUGAGUCUGAGUGGGUCUCGGCUCGGCUUGCAGAAACUGCUGAACAAGCAUUAAUGUUCCGUGAGCCUCGUUCUAUCAGCCCAGAAGAUACGCUCAAGAAGAUACUGGACAGGUGCGAUAGGGAUAUGGCAGAGUUGAGAUCCUACUGCCGUCCAACAACGAAGGAUUAUUUCUGGAAGGGGUAUCGAAUAUGGGCACCACCAGUCUAG